UGAUAAAUAGUGUGAUAAUCGUGGGCAACUAUCAAGAUGAAAACGAUAUGUUAACCAAUAUCAGUUAGGGUCAUUUACUAUACCAUUGCUUCAUGUUGCGGUCAUUUAUCCUGAAGAGCUUUUCUAGUUUCAAAUACUCACGAACGUUCGCAAAAAUGGCAUCAGAUGCAAAGAGACUGAAAUUGUCUGAUGAAGAAAGGACCAGCAAACUGGGACCACUGAAAUCAAGCGGCUGGACAAUGGUUGAUGGGAGAGAUGCUAUUUACAAGGAAUUCUUGUUCAAAAACUUUAAUGAGGCAUUUGGGUUUAUGACAAGAGUGGCUCUGCAGGCAGAUAAGAUGGAUCAUCAUCCAGAGUGGUUUAAUGUCUAUAAUAAGGUACAGAUAACACUUAGUACUCAUGAUUGCGGAGGCUUGUCAGAGAGAGAUGUAAAACUUGCCACAUUUAUCGAGGGAGUGGCCAAGGCAUCCUAAUGCCACAUACAGUCAUAGAAUCUCUAACCAAGUGCUGAUUAUACCAUGAUAUGAGCUAUUCCACCAAUCAAAAUGCAGCAUUUAGUCUAGGGUGUUUUUGUAUACUAAUAAUAACUAAUCAAUGUUGUGUCUGUGAUUUGUACAUUAUAUACUUAAUUCCAAUAAAAAUGCAAGUUGUAACUAGGUCAUAACAUGAACAUUAGUUUCUAAGUGUACGGUACUUAAAUUUAUUUUUGUUUGAUAUUUGGCUUUUGAUUCAAAGCUUAUAAAAUAUCUUUUUCCCGGUCGUAAGUAACAGUUGAUUUUGUGCAGAUGGCAAUAGUGAAAUAAAUAUGUUAGGAGAUCCUUUCACAAAGCUGUUUAGAUCCAAGAAAGUACGAGUAAUUAACCAUCAUGCCUUUUGAAUCACAGAAUACAACAAACCAAAGUAAUAGUAAACUGGACUUGAUUUCUCUCUGUAAUUAUCAGAGAUAAUUAAAAGUACAAAACCUUGACCCCUUUUAACACCUGCAUGAUUUCAUGAUUUCAAAGGACUUGAAAAUUAACAAAAUCGAGCAGAAAUUUACCUGAGACGGUCAAAAUUGUGAGAUUUGGCUUAUUUUCAAUACUGCAAAAUCAUUGAUAUUUGUGGUGGAUUUUGUGUUUGAGUCAGUCCACAUAAAUUUUUCCAAAUGAAGUAUCAUUCUUAUUCAUUUAUUUAAAAAAAUGAUAUCCAUGAAUAUUUUGAUCCCCGUGAAAUUGCCAUUUUGGUAACCACAAAACUUUGUUCCCGCAAAAUUCAUUGAUUCCACAGUACAAUAGAUUAGUCAUAUGCGAAACUUGCGUUUUUAAUGGAAUUAAAUAUAUAAUAAUAGUUUAAUUUAAUAAUUUAGGGUUUGAAGCAUGCCUUUUGGUUCUAUGUUGAAAAAAUGUUUUGUUUCAAAAUGAUUUUUUUUUUGUUUGUAGAGAUUCUGGGAUGUGUAUCAUUGUAUCAUGUAAUGUUGUCAAAAGUGUGAUUUAACUACUCUGCAUUUAACCAAAAACAUUAUUAAAAAUUAUAUAUGAGCCGUGCCAUGAGAAAACCAACAUAGUGGGUUUGCGACCAGCAUGGAUCCAGACCAGCCUGCGCGUCCGCGCAGUCUGGUCAGGAUCCAUGCUGUUCGCUUUUAAAGCCUAUUGGAAUUGGAGAAACUGUUAGCGAACAGCAUGGAUCCUGACCAGACUGCGCGGACGCGCAGGCUGGUCUGGAUCCAUGCUGGUCGCAAACCCACUAUGUUGGUUUUCUCAUGGCACGGCUCAUAUUCUGUUUGAAAAAUUUGCUUAAGAAGCAGCACAAUGUUGCGUUCUUUCGGCUCCAGGCAAGUUGCAUACAAACUGUUCUUAAGUAAAAGGUAUUAUUUAAAGGGGAGAAGUCUUUAAAGUUACACAAUGCUUUUAAUUUUAUAUUAGAAAGUGUGGAAGCAGUUAUUUAAAUCCAUAUUUAGAAGUGUGUCACUGUGUGUACAGUUCAAAAAGACUGUUAUACAUACUCUAGUCAGAGCUAUAAAGGGAGAUAAUCAUUAACAAUUUAUUUAAUAUUUUCCACUGUGUUGAUCAAAUACUCAAAUGUUUUACAUGAAUCUGAGAUAACUACGGUGCCCAAAACAGGAAAUAAAUAUAUUUUAUGUUCAUAACUUGAACUUCGUGCAGCAAAAGAGCAAUUAUGAACAUUUAUUUUGUGACGGAAACACUGCCUGUCUGUCUUAUCUAGGAGAAUCCUUCCUGACAUUGAUAUAGCGUUUUGUAUAACCAGCAAUAUUUUUAUAUAGCCCGCCCGCUUAGCUCAGUAGGUAGAGCGUUGGUCUACGGAUCUCGGGGUCGCGAGUUCGAUCCUCAGGCGGGGCGUAUGUUCUCCGUGACUAUUUGAUGAACGACAUUGUGUCUGAUAUCAUUAGUCCUCCACCUCUGAUUCAUGUGGGGAAGUUGGCAGUUACUUGCAGAGAACAGGUUGGUACUGGUACAGAAUCCAGGAACACUGGUUAGGUUAACUGCCCGCCGUUACAUGACUGAAAUACUGUUGAAAAACGGCGUUAAACCCAAAACAACCAACCAAACAACAUAUUUUUAUAUUGAUCUAUGUAUGAAAAGAAUUGGAACCACUGCCUUACCCAUGCAUGAUCGUAAGAGGCGAUUAAUAGGGUCUUAACACUUGGUUUUGCUGUAACUCUGUGAUUCCAGCAGGUAUGCAAAUUUUGAUUCCAUACCUCAUGUUUUUAUUUUGAUGUAAAUGAGAUGUGAAACCAAAAUUUAUAGUCCUGUUUGGCGCCAUAUAACCUAUACUUUUUGGUGUGCCGUAAAACCCAAAUAAAUAAAUUUAUAUUGUAGUUUGUUUUUGUAGUCAGCAAUAAUAUUGUAAAUGAGAUUAUCUGUAUGCAUUUGUGUUUUAAGGUAGUGGAACAGUAAUGACACUUGAGAACUUUGGUGUAAUUGCAUACUUUUUCAGGUAAUUCAUCAUUAUUCAAAUCAUCAAAUGUAAAUAUAGCUCAAUGGGCAUGUGACCUCUGUAAAGCCCUGUGAAUGCCGAAAUUGCAUAUGGAUAAUACAUUACUUGCCGAUUGUCAUUAUGAGUCCACAAUCUUAAUUGUUACAACAUUCAGCUGCUGUAGAUACCAGUCAUUGGUUGUUUCCUAUUUUUAGGUCUGGUCCAGUAGUUGAACAUGGUAGUUAAAACUUGGAUUAUAAUGCAUCUUUUUAUUCAUGAGGUAUAAAUGUAAACAUUUUUAGUUUUUAUAGAAAUGCAGUACAACCUCUGAUAAUUGACACCUCAGAUCAAACGCCUCUGCAGGAAGAUAGGUUUUUAUAGAUCUUAGUAAAUUGGCCUUAAACUAUACUCUUCAACUAUGUAAUUAAUCAGAUGAAAUUUCCUGUUUUCUUUCUUUCUAAGAAGGCUAUUUCAUAGAAGAUAAAAUGAAUUUUUAAUUUUGUUUUUUUUGGAUAUGAUUUCAUAGAUUGAUUUAAAGAAGAAAUCCACGAAAAAAUUAGACUUCCCUCAGAUAUUACUGAUUACACAGUGUUGACAGCAUUUUUAGCUCAACAUUUUGAAGAAAAAGUGAGCUAUUGCACUCGCCCCGGCAUCUGUGUCACUGUCACCUUUGGUUAAAGUUUUUGAUAAAGUCAAAUAUCUCUGUUGCUAUCAAAACUUUGACUUGAGACUUAAAACAAUUAUUUACUAUCAAAGUCUACACCUGGAGAAACAAUCCCCAUAUCUCUGAUUUGAAUUUGACAGAGUUAUGUCCCUUUUUAAUUUUUAGAGUUUUUUGGUUAAAGUUUUCGGACAGCUCUUGUUGUUACUGUUUUAUAUUAAGAGAAAUGAAUACUUUCAAUUUAGCUGAAAACAGACCUCUACAGAGUAACAUCUUAGUACAAUUAACGUGUUUUAGUCUUCCUGAUGAUGUUCACUUUGGAGAGGUUGCACUGUAUGUAAUUUAGUUAGAGGAUAUAUGAUCUGUAACACUGAAUGUGCAAACUUGUUAGGCAUUGUAGAUAUGUGACCUUUUUUUAACAAAUAGACUUGUUAGGAAGAUAUGUAAUUGCAUUCUCCACUCCCUCGCAGGUUUUUGAUGUUGAAAUUUGAUGUUGACAUUUAAAGAUUAAGGGAGCGGCAUGUAAUAAGUAGAAGAUUUCUGCUGUGUUAUAACCACACUUUAUAUGACACCAAUGCUGAUUUUUCCUGGAUAAUAGACUGCACAUGAUUUAAAUGAGCUCAAAGCUUUUAUUAGAAGUGUAAGUAGUUUUUUCUGAAGCAAGUACAUGACAUUUAGAUUUUCUUUUACAUCUAAAACAUGCAUUUAUGAAUUUUUCAGACUGUUGCAUUAUAUAUUUAUGGUAAAGGUCAUCAUUUUAUACAUUCCAUUGUUGCUGUUUUUAUAAUGUGUUUCUAUUGAUUUUAUAUUGUAUACUCUAUCACAGAGGAAAGAUUAAUAAACGUUUUUGUGCUGCAAAAA